CGAGUCGUGGAGUCAGUACGUAAGAAAGAGGCCGUGCGCGCGCAUCCAGCAGGAGUCAGGCAGGAUGCAGCAGCAGCUUCCCAAGAACCUCACAACUGACGACUCUGGAUCCGAGCCUGUCCACCUCUGAUCAGCCAUCAUCCCACCUGUCACCCAGCUAAGGCUUCACACGCUUCUCGCACACACGACUCAAAGGAGGAGUGUCCAACUUCAUCAUAUGGUGACACAUUACUUUCUGGUAGCGAUCCUAAGCAACGAGCCUGACAUUCCAUCCUUGGCCCGCUGAACUUGAAGCGACCAGAGACUUCCAACCCAGUCAAGGAACAGAUACUCACUGGUGCAGCAUGAACGUCACCGACAAGAAACAGGAGGCAGACUUGUCCCCAGAGGUGGACGAGCUGGAGCCUCAAGUCAGAUCAUUGGCAUCGUCUGGCAAACUCACAGAUGCACUGGAGAAGAUUGCCACCUUGGAGAAGCGCUCUCGUAAUGCAGCCGAUUUGGGCUCCACUACCCGCCUGCUGCUGCUUUCCGUGCUGCUCAUUCGAAGCAAGCCCGACCUCAAAUCCACCAACUGGCAACUGCUUUCCGAGACCCUUUCUUCGUUGUCCCGCAAGCAUGGACAGCUGAAGCAAGCGGUCACCAAGAUGGUUCAAUUGUCCAUGUACUUUCUACACCCACCCGGCUCCAGCUUGGUGCCUUCUGAGGAGGGACCAGAGGACGAAGAGGGUGACGUGGAAAUGAAGGACGUGGCGGCAGAUAGCAUCCACGGAGAAAAGCCUGGGUCGUCGAGUCAGGCAAAGGAAGCGAGCGGUCAAGCCAAAAAGGGGGACAGGAAGCCGGGCCAGGAAAAAGCUCUGGAGGACAAAGGCGAAGGUGCAGAGGACCCAAAGAUCACCAAGCUGAUAGAUGAAGCAAAGACGAUCGGUGACCAGGGUGUGACGGAGGAUCAAAGGCACAAACUGAUCGAGACUUUGAGAACGGUUACCGAAGGCAAGAUCUUUGUAGAGGUGGAGCGUGCUCGGGUCACGCGUCUUUUGGCUUCUAUCCUUGCUGCAAAAGGCGACGUCUCGGGUGCUGCGGAUGUUCUGCAGGAGCUCGCAGUGGAGACAUUUGGCAGUAUGGGUCGUCGAGAAAAGACGGACUUCAUUCUCGAGCAAAUGCGCUUGAACUUGGAGAGGGGCGACUAUGCAAGAACUAACAUCGUCUCGCGCAAAGUCAACACAAAGUUCUUUGACGAGAGAAGACAACAAGACCUCAAGUUGAAGUUCUACGAAUUGAUGAUCAAGUAUGCCCUACACGAGCGCAAACAUCUUGAUGUUGCUCGCUACGAAAACGCGAUCUUUGACACCCCAAGGAUCAAGGUGGACGAGCAAAAAGUUCGACAAGCCCUGCAGAAUGUCGUUGUCUUCUUGAUCUUGUCCCCGUAUGACAACGAGCAAAGCGACAUGAUGGCUCGGAUCGAGCAGCUCGAGGCGCUGGACAAGGUGCCGGAACACAAGAACCUCCUCAAGUGCUUCACCACACCCGAAUUGAUGAGAUGGCCAGGCAUCCAGGAGCUCUACGGACCUCUUCUGCGCUCAACGCCUACCUUUGCUGUUGGAGCUGAUGGCGACUACAGAUGGGAGGAGCUGCACAAGAGAGUCGUUGAGCAUAAUAUUCGCGUCGUGAGCAAAUACUACACCAAGAUCACCCUGGAAAGGCUCGCAACCUUGCUUGACCUGUCGGUGGAGGAGGCGGAAAAGUCACUCGCUGCACUUGUCACUUCGGCCACGGUCUGGGCCAAGAUUGACAGGCCUGCUGGUGUGGUCAACUUUGAGAGGAGAAAGGAGACUUCGGAGCACCUCAAUGCGUGGAGCAACGACAUGGGUCAAUUGCUGGGCCUGGUCGAAAAGACUUGCCAUUUGAUCAGUAGAGAGCACGCAAUCUCCAAGGCGGGCUUGGUUGCUGCCCAACAGUAGACGCAACAUUUGAUGCAAAUGAGAUGGCUUUGAAACCUUGA